AUGCAGAGAGUUGGCUAUUGCACUGCUCACGGCCAAUGUUUCCAGCUUGGUAAGUUGAGGAACAAGACUGGUUGCAUGGUUGGCAAGAAACAAAAACAGAUUAUUUUGGAACCCGGAAUGCCAUCGACAAUGUGGAUUAAUUUCCACGCAUUAAUCUCCCAAAACAGUGCAUUUGGACAAAAGAGCUGGAUUUACGGAGAUGUGCCAAAAUCGGUCAGACGGUAUUCCAUUGAUACUGGUCAGAAGCCGGACACCGUCGAUGAAGAGGACAGAGUGGCGUUUGUCAAUUCCGACGGGCAGAUUACACGAACGAAUACGAAUGUUGGACAUCACCCGGUUACUUGUCAUCUGUGGUCGAAUGCCGGGGAUGGAGCGGUGGUUCGACAUGAGAAGUUCGUUUUUGACCCCUUGUUAAGUGCGCGUAAAAGCAUUGCAAAUUCGAAUAAAACGAGUGGCUGUUUCCUCGACUACCUGCAGUCCACAAUGAUCACUUGUGCUUUGAAGUAA